AUGCUUAUUUUUUUUUUAAUUCCUUCCCACUAUCUUUUAUUCUAUGCAUUUUUUUUUAUUUCCGGUUUUAUUCUCUCUCUGAAUUCUUUCUCAAGCGCUUCUUAUUGCUUUUUUCACUUUCUUUCUCUCUCUCUCUCUCUCUCUCAUUCUCCUUUUACAUAUAUGCUUUUCACUUUUGAUUUUUUUUCUCUCUCGUAUUCCCAGUCUUUAAUUUCUCUCUCUCUCCGUCUUUCUAAUGUCUCUCUCACUAUCUCUCUAUAUAUGUCUUUCAUUUUUCGUUUUCAUCUGUUUUAUUUCCAUUCAAUAUCUCUCUGUCUCUAUUUAAUGCUACUAGCCCCCUUGCUCUUUCUUUAUCUCAAUCGGCCUCUCUUUCCCUCUCUCUCUUUUCAUAUCUAUCUAUCUAUCUAUCUAACUAACUAUCGUUUUCUGUUUUUCUCUCCUAUAUUUCUCUCCUUAAAUUAUCUCAUUAAAUCUUCUCGUCUCUCCUUCUCUCUCUCUCUUUCACUCUGCUUGUAUUUCAUCUUCCAUUUUACUCUCUCAUAUUCCAUCUCCUUAAAUUCUCUCACUACCUUUUUUACUGCCUAUCACUCUCUCUCUCUCUCUCUUUCUCUCUCUCUCUCUCUGUUACCUUCUUUCUUUCAUUAUAUAUGUCUUUUAUCAUGCUUUUCAGUUUUCGUUUUUCAUUCUCUCUCUCUCUCUCUCUCUCUCUCUCUCUCUCACUCUAUCUCUCUCGGUGUGCCUUUUCCCUUUGUUUCGUUUUUCUCAAUCUUUAAAAGCAUUUUAAAUAUUUCUCCUUCAUGUCUCUCUCACUCAUUUUAUCUCUCUGUCAAUUACCUCUUCCUAGUUUUCCCGUAA